GAAGCCUCCGGGGACGUAUGCAGUUACGUAUGGGAGAGCCAGCGUGGUCCCGUGGGGGUAAGCAGGGUACCGAAUCGGCGGGCAAAGAGUAGUCAGGUCACACGCAGGAUCAGCAGGGUAAGUCAGUCCGUAGAAUGGUCAGACAAGCCGGGGGUCAGAAUAGGAGAAGGCAGAGUAGUCAGAGCAAUCCGGGUCAAUCACAGGAGAAGGCAGUGUAGUCAGGGCAAUCCAGGUCAAAUCACAGGAGAAGGCAGCGUA